CGCCCGUUCCUGGCGUUUCGGUCGCACACGUCCAAAAUUAGUAAAUAAAGACGAGAUGGCAGCGUUCGAGCCGUGCGCCGUGCCGUCGUCGUCGUCCUCGCCGUCGUCCUUCUCCUCGAUCUCUCGCGGAGAGUGUUCGACAAAAUGAAGUGGAAACACGCCACGCGUCUCGUGGUUAUCCAGAAAAGCUCACGAAAUUCAACCGCGUGACUGGCGAAUGACAAAGGCUCGUUCCAAAAGUGUAUGCGUGAGAAAUUAUAGUGCGGUUUCGCUCACUGGUGGACGGUGCUUCUCGAGGAUUGCGAAGACGGACGGACGGACAGACGCGGAUGAAAGGGGAAAGAGAAAGAACGAGAGAGGACGAGAGAGAGAGGGAAUAAUUCGCGCUCCAGAGUUCACACCGUAAGAUAAACGCAGACAAGAUGGUUGUCGGAGAAGCAAGUAUACAUAAUAUAAUGGGUGGAAUGGAGAGCACGGGUGGAGUGCGUCUUCAUAAUCACAAACGGAAGCUGAAGCAAAGGUUUGACAUCAUAAAGAAAUUAGGGCAGGGCACCUAUGGUAAGGUGCAGUUAGGAAUAAACAAGGAAACUGGCCAAGAAGUGGCGAUAAAGACAAUUAAAAAAUGCAAAAUAGAAACAGAGGCUGAUCUCAUCAGAAUACGAAGGGAAAUACAGAUCAUGUCGAGCGUUCAACAUCCAAAUAUUAUUCAUAUUUACGAAGUAUUCGAAAACAGAGAGAAAAUGGUACUGGUGAUGGAGUAUGCAGCCGGAGGAGAAUUAUACGAUUAUCUAAGCGAGCGCAAAGUUUUGAGCGAACACGAGGCCCGCAGAAUAUUCCGACAGAUAGCCACCGCUGUUUUCUAUUGCCAUAAACAUAAAAUCUGUCACAGAGACUUGAAGCUUGAGAACAUUUUAUUAGACCAAGUUGGAAACGCCAAGAUAGCCGACUUUGGUCUUUCGAACGUGUUUGACGAGCAGCGAUUAUUAAACACGUUUUGCGGCAGUCCGUUAUACGCGAGUCCAGAGAUAGUGAAAGGAACUCCUUAUCAUGGACCAGAAGUGGAUUGCUGGAGUCUAGGUGUUCUACUGUAUACAUUGGUUUACGGUGCUAUGCCCUUUGAUGGGUCUAACUUCAAACGACUAGUCAAGCAGAUCUCACAAUCUGAUUAUUUUGAGCCUAAAAAAUCAUCCCCCGCUUCGCCGCUUAUAAAGGAGAUGCUCACGGUGUGUCCCAGUAGACGUGCCGAUAUCGAGAGAAUCUGCACUCACUGGUGGGUGAAUGAAGGCUAUGAACAGAAUUGUCUCGAUAUCGCAGAGGAUUUAGCGGCUCAGACUCCAGUUCGAUUGGAUCUAUUGCUCUCUCUAGUGCCACAGUCGGCCAGCGCCGAGAAAUUGCUAGUAGGGGGCGAUCAGCAAGCAGGCGGAGAUGUCGCGAAUAAUAUGUCUUCCGAUACGUUGGUACCUACUAGGUGUCAUUCAGUUGGUAGUUUAAUGGAGCUCGAUCAGAAUAACUCCGACAGGAGAAUAAGAGAGUUGUUCGAGGAGGAGCCGAGGUCUUUCGCGGCUGGAGACGCUAAGAGAAAGCUGGAGACAACACCGUCGAUGGAUGAAACGACUGCGGCGGGCGUAAAGAGGAAAGAGAGGUCUAGAAGGAAAGAAAAGUCAGACGAGAGAGAGCCUAGGACGUACAGAUCUUCAUCUAGACAUCACUCAGCUCCAAUUCCAAAUUCUAUAUCGGAGGAGGCGAUGGAGGUGGAACCGACAGCCAUUGUAACUGUUCCUAUGAGUAAGACUGUUGAUUUUGAGAAAAUAGAAGCAGCUUGUCUAGAGCUGAUUGAAGAAUCAAAAGAAAGAUCGCCAAGUAAAGAAAGAAGUAAGACUCCGUUGAUAAGCGAAUAUCAACAGUCACGCGAGCCAAUGUCUAUCGAGGGCGCUCAGAUUUGUGAAAUUAAUCAAAAGGCUAGCAAUGAGCAAGAUAAAGCGCAACAAAAGCGUACAAAGUCUCCUAAUAAGAGUUUAUACGAAGACGUGGAAAAAACUGCUUCAGAAAAUAUGAAUAAGAUAACAAAUGAAAUAGCAUUCAAAAAGUCAGAUAAUCUGGAAUCAAAAGUGCCAAAUAAAAGCGACACGAGUGUUACAAACGAAACGUCGCAAGAUAUACAGCAAUUCGAACCAACGGAGAACGAGUUCAAAAAGCUAAAAGAAAAAGCGCUUUCUUUAGACUCCGAACUAUCGAAUGAAGUGGCAAACGUUCCAUCUGUUAAGCCCGUUGAGAGACGACGCUCCAAAAUAUUCGAAACGGCUGAAAAAUUCAAUCAACUGUCAUCUACUGCGGAAAACGAGAAACCUAAAAAGAUAUUUAUUCCCGGUGUUAACGUAGGAGGUGCAAAACGAGCUUUCGAAAGAAAGGCCAGUCUUACCGCAAUCACGCCACCCCCUACAAAAGUCAGCGCGUCUAAAGUUAUUAUCGAUGUGCCAACCACUAAGACAGGCGAGAAGGAUGAGCAGAAGCAGACACUGGGGAAUCAAGAGAUCAUUGCCACCGAGGAUAAAUUAAAUAAGCGAGAUGAAGCGAAAAAACGCGCUAUCGAUAUCAUUAGUGGCGCGAUCGGUAAGCCUCCAAUGCAGAAGAAGUUGAACGGCUCGCCACCGAGUUCAGUAUCGCCUCAGAGCCCAAACUCCAAGAAACUCGGACUGAAGGUACAGAUUGCACCGAAUGACGUGCGAUCUGCUACGGUGUCUGUCUCCACGCCAAUUGAAACAAAAUUUGACCUUGAUGUUAAGUCAACGGCACCAAAAGCAACUACGACUAGUAUAUCUGACAGUACAACUGAUAUCGAAACUUCGCAAUUGGAUGAACCAAAGAUAUCUAGUAAAAUGGAAAUAACAUUAAAGAGUGCAACGUUGCCCAGACGAAAAACAAGCAAAGCUGAAAUUACAUUGUCCGGGGUCAGGUCGCCAGAAACUGUAGCGUUCAAGUCCGAAGUAGAAGCUAAGAUUGAUGCUUUCCAGCCGCAGAAACUGCGUACACAGAGAUCAGAGGUGGCGUUCCCGGUUGCCGCGGCGGUGCCUCAUGCAAACAGAAGUUCAAGUUUAGAACCAGAAGAUAGACCUAAGGCUACACCGCCGAAAGAAAGAAUUAUACCUAUUCAGGUAGAGACAGGACAUGAACGUACGCAGCAUUCAUCCACACCACCGCCUAAAGCGUCAAUGUCCCAGAGAUCAAUGUCUCAACAAUCGAAUUCUUUGUCUCGCCAAUCGACUGCCGAUUCAGACACGGACAGCGCUCUCGGGCCAACUGUGGGAUCGGAACCAAUCAAAAAGAGUCCUAGAGAGUACAUAAUUCCUAUCGCGGUAGAGGGUGGCGGUUAUGUUACUCCCAGAUCGGGUAGUCUGGAGCCGGAGAGUAAGACUGGUACACCGACAAGUACGAAUCCCUCGAGAUCCCGAUUCGGUAGGCCAAGAAGAAUGAGCUCUCUAUUAUCGGAUGCUAGCGAAGAUGAGUCUCCUUUCUCUCCAUUGCAUGGAGAGGAUUUGUUGCAAAGACAUAUGCAUCGAUUGAGAAGUUCGCGACCAUCCAGGCAACCUUCCGAGCACGCCGACAGCUUGUCAUCUGGCGAGGACGACGAUGAUGACGGUUUCGAGUUAUUGACUGCCGAAAACUUGUUCUCUACGUUAUUAUCUAGAGUACGAAGUCUGACGCAGCGACUCAAUGUUGAUGAUAAUCGAUCUGGCAGUUUUCCAAGUAGUAGACUGUUCGCUAGCUUAUUUAGUCAAGAUGCUGAAAGUGAUGUUUUGUCGUUUUCUUGUGCAUGCAGGCGGCUCUCGGAAUCACAAUUUAAACAUUCUCUGAAUCGCGAUGCGGAUAUAUUUUCAAAGAGAGACACCGCCAGUACUUCCAAUCCCGGAACUCCAAAUAGUCCUGGAUCGCACAACACAUCUUCCAGAGAAAAUGUCUUCGAAAUCGGAAACAACACCUUGCCAAGAGAUAAAGUAGAGGUACACGAAGAAGACGUUAAAGCAGAAACAGCGGCACAAAUUAGAAGGGAGUCGCAAGAAACUCUGGAGCAGAAUUUCACUCCCAGCUUAGCACGCAGAUUGAGUAGACAAUUUAUUGAACAAACCCGACAGUCUGUACCGCGUUCACCAUCCUCCUCACGCGACAGUAACAGAUAUUAUCAGUCGCCGACGAGGGAUUUUGCGCAGAGUCUGGUAGGCCUGAGCGAAAUCGCGAAACGAUAUUCCACGUCCACGACUUCUGAUCGGACCGAAUAUAGAGGUAGAUCGCUCGAUCGAGGUAUUAGGAGAACCAACAGCUUGCUAGAGCCGUGCAAGUAUGAUAAAUCGGAACGGCAUUCACCGCGAAGAAGCAUCAGCCUGUUCGACGACGACGACGACGACGACUGCGAUAACAAGCUGUUGCCGCCUCUACCGAAACACAUAAUGACGCUGGGUCGCAAGUACAAGGAUUCAAUUAGAUCGAGUGUCAUUGGUAACGCGAGACGAGAUAGCUUUCACGGUUACAGAACAGACAAGAUCCAGGAAGAGCCAGGCGAUGACACAUACUUGUCCGUUUGCAAAGAGGAAAUUGAUAACAUGACGGAAAACGGCUCUAUAUCGGAAGGUACAUCGAUAUCUGUGUGCAACUCUAAUACUAAUUCGAUGGACAAUACCACUGGCGUCACCACUACUUCGAGCGUAUCAGCCAAAUCCUGCGAGAUCUCACCCACGGAAUCCUCAUCGAAUCUAGGUGAUUAUGGUAAGUCGAUUUGUAAGUCAGACAUCUCCAAGAGUUUCGAGAACCGAUUGAUGGCUGCAGAAAAUUUAAUUAAGGAAUCAAAAUUGAAGAACUUGUCGCAGCAAUUCAAUCCGAAUCUCAGCUGUAAUUACAAAGAUAUGGACAAGUGUGACAAGGAAACUUUAAUGACCACUUCAGACCCAUUGUCGGCAGCAAAUUCCGUCACGUCCAAGAGACGCAGUUGCAUCCCGAGUCUGAGAUUACGUUCAGGUUCGUUGACCAGAGAGUCGAGCGUGAAAUCGUUCGCCGGCCCAGCUGACGUAUCGGCCGGAAACGUUAAUCAGGAAAGGUCGAUCCUAAGCAAACUUUUCAGAGGCAGUGGCAGUGGUACCGAUAAGGAAACCGAAUCGAAGGACAAUAAAAGCGAAAAAUCGAAACAACAUCGUAUCUCGCGCUUCUUGCGACCGGACUUUUUCGACACGCCGCGAGAGGAGAGUCAGUACGUGAAGGAGAAAGAAGCGCAGAAAGCGGCGGAGAAUGAGCGCCGAAAAUCGCGAUUCAUGAGGCGAAAAAGCGAGAGCAAAGAUCGUAAAGAGGAUGAUUCAAGGGACGAGAAGAUCUGCAAGGAACAGAAGAAUGAAAUAAAUACGCUGCAGAAAGAUAAACUAGGCGGUGCCGUCGUGGCCGCUUCUUCCUCUUCCUCGUUCGCCUUCGAGGACAAGACCAAUAAGGAGGACAAAGAGAGAGUCAAAGUCGAACAAGACUCGAAGAGCAGCUUUCUGCAUUCAUUGGAGAAAAAACUAGAAAGGUUGCGCUCGAAUGACGAGACGACGAGUAUGGUCGCGAAACCGACGAUAAAUGGCAGCUCGAUGAAGGAACGUGGGUUGCGCGAAUGCUCUGCACCGCCUAUCGAGUGUUCACCCGCGGACUCUGCGGGAUCGAGUUUGCUCGAGGUGAAGAAAACGCUGAGCGUGGAGAAUCUUUCGCGUCAUGAAGGAUCAAAUAAGGACGUCAAGAAUGUGCCAAGCUCAAAAGGACGCGUGACGUCAGUAUUGGGACUAUUCAAGACGAACACAGAUACGACCAAGCGAAACGCGAACGGUAGCAGUCGGACACAGAAUACAAUUAUGAGUAAAUUAAAAAGGAGCCCGCCCAAAUGCGUCAAAUCGGCCGAGUCGUCUUUAGAGGAAGAUGUAACCGGGACGAGCAAAAUACCGACAAAAUUCACUAGGACCGACAAUAAACCGACGAAAAAGCUACCGGAGAACAAGAGAUCACCGGAGAAGAUAGUGAGCGAAAUGUGCAAAAGAUCGCCGUCCAAGGAGAAAUCGAAAGAGAAGGAAUUGAUCGCUAAGGAAAGGAAACCUUUCGUGGAAAAACAAUCGAGGGAAGUUAAAAGACCCGCGCCUUCCUCGGACUCCUCGGCGUCGUCAUCCGUGGAUAGAAUGAAGCUAGACAAAGUGGAUUCGCUGAAAAAAUCGUCAGACCAAUCGUCGGAACUUUUGCGUAGAGUCGUGGACGAUAAGCACAUCCAUGUCACACCCAUUAUCAAUAAUGAAGAUAAGAAACUGAUUAAAACCAAAAGAAACAUUAAUUCUCUAGUAGGCAAAAAUGAGUCGGUCACGAAGAUCGACAAAGGCGAGGAUGUUGAUAAGAAUAAAAUUAAGAAGCUGGUUAAGUCGAAAGAAAAUGCGAGUAAAGAUGAGACCAACGAUUCUAGGAAGAAGAAAAUAGUGCGUGUCGUGAAGAAAGUCGUUAAGAAAUCCGACAGUUCCGAAAGCAAGUCUGAUGAGAAAGGAAAGUCAUCAAAGCUACUGACGAAGAAGAAAACCGUGACGACGAAGAAAGAGAAGAGUCCUGAAGGUCCGAAUGUCAUGGCGGAAGGUUCAAUCGAAGGAAAUGAUCAAACUGAUGAUCAGAUUACCGCGAAAUCAUCCUGCAUGCCUGUGAAACAGGCAGAAUCGGACCUGCCAGCGAAGUCCAGGGAUGUUAUGAAAAAUGCAAAUCAGAUAAAAACUGAUAUUAAAGGAACAGAUAAAUUCGAUGUAAACGUAUCGUCUACCGAUGUCUCGCAGGCGAAUUCCACUCUUGGGAACGCAUCGAAUUCUCAAAGCAUUUUGAGCUCUUUGCCUCCUAUAGGCUCCUCGAGUUCUACAGCUCGGAUCGAUUCGAAUUUCAAUAUCUGUCAAUCGAAGCAACAACCGUUGGAACAAUGUCGGCCGAAUAGAGCGAAUUUGAAACUCGAUCUAUCUAAGAUACCGCAACACACGUUUAGACACGCGACUCCCAAGAGAGAUUCGCCUGAAUGUAGUUCACCGAAAACGAAACCUGCCGUGUCUAUAAUCGGAUCGCCUAAAAUGGACGAUCCUGUGGCGGAGAGUGGUUCCGACAAAUUGAUGGAGCGUCUAUCCAAGAUGACGCACCACGCCAAUAUUACCGGUAACAAGAUAAUCAUCGAUAAGCCGUUACGAGCGAAAGAUGUCGCCGAGUUGAAGCGAGAGGUCACCGAAUGUGCCAGGAUCAUAGAGAAUUACGUGGAGUCGCGAGAUGAUCAUUCCAAUCAGCGAACCGUUGAUCAUACAUCCGCCUCGAACGAACCGAAAGAGAUCAAGCUGAAUCCUUCUGAAGGGAUUAAUGACGUAACUAAAGAGGUGACUAAAGAGCCACCGGAUGACUGCACCAGUGAGAUGUUUUCGCCCGAGGAACCCGAGAGUUUUGAUUCCUGGUCGAUCUGUUCGGCCGAUCUGAAUCACAAUCGCAGCGAUUUGCAUUCGCCCACAUCACCAUCGUACUCUCUGUUUAUGCGUGGCUCCGACAGCUCAGAAUCGGUGAUAGAUCGAAUACGAAGACGCAGCUUUUACUCGAGGUUCAACGAUCGUAAGAGGCCAUCCUUGACGGCGCCGCCACCGGGAGUGAACAGCGUCACUCUGCCUAGAAGGUUCAGCUUCAACAGUUCUAGAGAAAGGGAACGCGACAGAUUGUACAAUUAUGGAGUUACUAGGACGAGGGAGAAGGACAAAAAUUAUAUUUUGUACGGCGACGACGAGGUGUCCUCGAGGAAAUCGCCGGUCGAUCGAGAGAGGUAUAGCGACGCAUCGAAUGUAUCGUCAUACGGUCAUCAGACGGAUGCGAGAAUCUUCGAUCAUUACGGUAGUGGCUUACCGUCUUCCUCGCAUGACUCUUUAAGGAGAUACGUGAGGUCCCCGACGCUGGAUCUUGUCGCCUCUCGCGCCAAGUAUCAUAGCACGGACGUCAUCGCGGACAACGAUCUUGGCGGAGUCUCGUGCAAGAGUUCUCUGUCGAGAUCGUUUCUGAGUGACGGCAUGGCGGAUUCUUCUUACUAUGGUAGGAACACUUUGCCGAAGAAAUACGGCUCCACCGUUGGUGGUCUAGAACCGAAGAGCGUAGAAUAUUACGAGGAGAUUUUGUCACCGAGCAAUCCUGACUAUCUGUCUUCACGCGAUGCCUGCCGAUCACCGUUGGAUAUCUAUUUGAGCAGAUGUGAGAACGGAUGCAGUCACAAUGGCAAUUUGGAAUUACAACAGUUUAGCGCCGAUAAACCAAGAACCUACACGGAUGCGGAGAUCGUUCAAGGGAACAGUAAGUCGCUUGACAUUUAUUCGUUCAGACCGCCGACAGUAAAUAUGGAAUACGGUUGGUUCACUGCAUCGCUUAUACCCAUUUCGAAAGAUCCAAGAUUACGCUUCUCCAGAAAACAAUCGGAUUUUGUUACGAAUGAACUCUUACGUCGAAAACUGCAAAGAGGUCUUCCGGAAAAACUGUUUUCUGGCGUGCCAUAAAUGUUUGACAGACAUUUCAAACAAAUUAAAAA